AAAUGAGCUCUUAUGUCAAAGAAAAGUCUAUCAUUGCUAAUUUUGUUCUUGAAAAACAUAAUAUUACCUAUAAAGCUAAACGACACAAGGAUCGGACUAAUAUUACCAAUUGUUUACUUCCCUGUGAUGCUAGAAUAAUAAAUAUUAGCUAUCAUAUUAUACAUAUAGAAGUUUUCAAACAAGAUAAGAGUAUUUGACAAGAUACAACAGACCUUAUGAGUUUAAAAAACAAAGCAAAUAUAUUAUAACAAUAAAAGUGAAUAUAACGCAAAAUCGCUUAUUAUAAGUGACAAAAUUGUGAGUGUACGAAUAUACAAGUAUAUACCACUCUGCUGUGAUUGUUUCAAGUGAGGCUGAGGAUAAAUAAUAAAUGAGAAACACUCGAAGAUAAAAGGUCACGUUGUAUGAGUAACAUUAUAGCAGAAGGGACUAAGUGCACAUACAGCAAUUUACUAGGCCAUUUUUCUCUGUGAUAUUUCCUGUGAUACAAAGGAUCACGCAUAAUGGACGCAAUAGCAAAGAACAUCGUAGGAACUUGGGACCACAUCGGCAACGAUGACAUGGGACCAUUUCUUGAUGCCAUAGGUGCAUCGGAAGAUGCUAAGGAAAUAAUGAUGAACAGCUGUCCUAGGCUCACGUUUGAAGUAACUGGGGAUAAAGUUCUUGCCACAAACACACCUAACCCCGCAAUGGCACCUUCUUCCAUCGUCACCUACCAGUUUGCCCUCGAAAAAGAGUUUAGCAUAGAGCUUCUAAAUUUGACCGUCAAGAUGUGUAUAAGCUGGGAAGAUGGUAAGAUGGUACAAAAAAUCCGGACUGAAACCGAUGCGCUGAAAAAUCACCAAAUUGAGUACAGCCAAAACGAGAAAGGUCAACUAGUCCAGGCUUACUGUUUCAAGUCAGAAAACAAAGAAGAUGUGACAGCUACUGUGACAUUUGAAAGAGCAAGAUAAAUAGAUGAUCACCCAUGAAUAUGCAAUAUAUUUAUGCAAAAUGACUUGCAUUUAACGUCAUUUCAGUUUUGUUCCAUACACAGUAUACAAAGUAUUUAUAACUUUUCCAACAUUGUACAUACCGUAUAUUAAUAUUAUAUGAAUUUUGAUGAAAGUUUUGGUUUCUACCAUUAAUUUUAAUUAUAUAUUUAUAUGACGAUAAAAAUAUGUAUAUAUAGAUUUGCUAUGAUAGUUUACAAAGUACUUCAAAUGAGAUUCAAUAAAAAAUAACUGUCAGAGAGAAAUCAGAAAAAUAAAAAGGUGUCCAUUGCACAGCAUGAUUCCAACUGACCUGGGCUAAUUUCAAAGAUGUAGCAUAUAAUUUUCAUACGCUUUAAAGGACAAGUACCAAUUAACAUCAUCAUUAGCUUGGCCUAAAUUGUCUUCAAAAGUCACACAUUACAAAAAUUAUUUCUACUGUAUGAAUAUAAUCUGCCUCUCAAAAUCGUUGUUGUUUUUUCCAGGAUUUCUGCAUUAGGGCCAAUAAAAGACAUGACUAUCUAAUAAAUAUUGCGCUCACCUAUCAUCAGCUUGUUUCAUAAGUCAUGAGUGCUAAAGCAUGAGUGUUGAGGACAACUGCUGAAUUUGAGUAAUGUAACAUUUUCAGGCCAUUGAAAACAUUUUACCGGACCAAUCAUUAGGUUGUGAAUUUGAGUAAUGUAACAGUUUCAGGUCAUUGAAAACAUUUUACCGGACCAAUCAUUUGAAAGAAAAAACAAUUCGUAGAGUUUCCAGCAGUUGUAUCAGAUACCUUGGCCAAAACUUACAAUUUGAAACACAAGGCGACUUUUCUCUGAUGGGUGUGUCCGAAAAACAACAGUUGAAUCGGAACAAACAUAGUCAACAGUCCUGAGCACCUCUGCAAAAAUAAACAUACAUAACAAUGAAUGUUUACAUGUACAUCAGUCAUAAUUUUGAUCUGAGUCAAUUACACAUUUGUGUGAUAUAAUAGAUUGGAUUUAACAGAAAUCUAUAUGUAGCCAUUAGAAAGUAUUAAUUAAUACAACAUUUUUUCUCCAAUCAAUGUUGAUCACAUUGAACUUUAUGUGCCUAAAUCUUAUAAAUCUUACCUUUUCAACAAGAUGUGCUCUUUAUAUUUUAAAAAUAAAACUCUGACAUCAGAGAAAAGUAAUUUUAGUGAAUAUAUUUGAUCUUCAAUAGUACAGUGAGCAUAAAGCUUGAAAUGUAUAAAUUCAACUUCAACUUCUAGACUAAAUAUUGUGAAUUUCCAAAUUAAGCUAUAACCUACUUCCAUAUUGUACUUACUAUUUUCAACCCUUUUGGUGGUAAGGAGUUUUCUGUCAAUUAUCUCCUGAAACAAAAUACUUAAAUAAUAAAAUAAUAUAAUAGCCAUAUAACAUGACAUUAAAAGACAUUAUGAAUGUUCAGAAAAAGUGUUGGUCAUUUGCACCGACAGACUCUGAUAUUUUGUCGGUCCAAAUGAAAAUUAGUCGGUCUGACUUUGAGGCUAACUUUACAUUGACAAGGAAUAAAACGACAUUAACCAACUACAUUUUUUGACAUUCACACUUAACUGUAAUGAACAUUUUGAUUGGUCAAUUUAUUGGCAAUUUGUAUUUUUUUUACUGUACUCGUACUGAUUUUGGAAUAAAAAUAUCAUGUUGGAAAGGAAAAGCUUUUUGUUUGGAAUAUUUGGAACUAUCCUUUAAAACAUUUCAAUGUUCAUGACAAAAGUUUAUCAUAUUAGCGUUUCAAAAUAUUGUGGAAUAUAUUCAAAGUUAUAAAAUUAUGUGGUAAUGUAUUGCAAAGGGAGGCAAAUGCUGCAUGGCAGUUGAUUUAGUGUGGUACGCAUUCCGGCCUCUAUACUAUCGAAUAAGACCUCAGAUUCGUAUACAAAUGGUUAUUUAACAAUAUCCUUCAUAAAAUACAUUAUUUUUAAACAUAACAAUGUUUCCUUACUUUUAAGCGGUGUUUGAUAAUUGAUAAAGAUUAAAUUAUUAUUUUUUACUCUGACAUCAAAACUGUCAGACGGAGCAACCCUUUAACAAAUUUAGUUGGACUGAGUCAAAAUUUACUGUCAGGACAGUCGGACAGACAGUUUACGCAACGACCGCAUGUAUAUAUGCAUGUGUGAUUAUUUUACAUUAUUAUCCUCUUGUCUAUUGUAUACAGAAAAUUUGACAUUCAUACUAGAAGAGUUUCUUACACCACCGUUUAUAUAAAUAUUGCUCUUAUGAACUUGAGCAAUGAUAAUAGGACUCUGGAUGUCGAGCAAAAGGAAUCACUGAAAGAGAUCCUUCAUUUUAGAUAAAACUUAUCAUUGUAUUCAAAAUCUAUUUUGAUCUUGGAACAAUGGUUAUUAAUUUUAAGUUUAUGUAUGUAUUCCUUUAGACCUUGCAGUCAAGGAUAACCCGUGAAAGGGCAAGCACUUAUUUCCAACAGUGUCCUUUGUUUUUGCUGAAGGGACAGCACGCGGAAGAGACAGUGGUGGGAUACAAGGAGUUCGGGUGCGAAACCCUAGGUCUGCACACCAAGUCCCUAGUCAUUUUGCAGGCUUCAUUGUCUUAAAGAAACAUCAUGCAAAAAAGUAUUCUUGGGUCUCUCAGAUUUUUGCUAAGUACCAAUGGCUUAAAAAUGAAAUGAGGGAGUCCAAGGGAUGCGUAUUGUAAUGACCCUGUCAUUAUGCAGGUUACUCACCUGGACAUGUACUUGCCAUCUUUCUGUGGAACUAAUAUACAAUACUGAGAGAUAUUUAAAGACUAUGAUAUGUUUUAUAAAGUUGCACUUACCUUAGGUCAUGUCUGUUUAAAUUCCAUCCAAUCAUAUAAUUCCUGUUGCUAUGUAUAUACAAGGGGGGUUCUCCACCCACCUUACAUAUACGUGUUGAAUGUAUUUGAACUGAUAAGUAUAACUGUUUCAUCAUCUUCAUAAUUAGAUAAACAUUAUUUAUUAGUAGUUGUCCUAUAAUAAUCAUUUAUAUUUUGAGCCACUUCGCUACUGCUUGAUUUUAUGUCUUGAAUUUGUAUUUUUAAUAUUGUAAACAAACUGUCAUGGCUGCCGGACCGCCCGGUGGGCACUGUGAGUACCGCCCUACCGGUCCUUCUGUUCUGUCAGGGCGGUCCUCCGGUCCUUUGGUGAUUGGUCAGCGUUCCUCCGGUCCUCCGGUGAUUGGUUGGAUGUUUGACCGGUCCGGCCGCCAUUGGUCAGUUUUGAUCACGUGGGCAUAUCUGGUUCUCUAUAUAAACAGCGUUCCUUUCGGGAUCAAGAGCUUGAUCUUUGACUUUGGAUAGCUCGUUUUGGGUAAGGUUACCCUCGUAUGUUUGAGCUGGGUUUUUGAUGUCAAAUAGCUCGUUUGGGUUAGAAAACACCCGUAAAUCUGAUCUAUUAGUCUAGUACUUUGACAUUACUUUAAUAUUUAAAACAAGUUGUUUUAACAAAAGAUAAUUAAUAGUUGACAAAUAUAGAAAACUAGAGAGCCCAUGCAACUUAAACUGAUAUCUAUUGACUACACAUGUGUUUAAUAUUUAUGAUUCAAAGUUAAAGAAUACACUAUAAACCGUUAAACAUUCAA